AAUUCUAAAAAACACAAAGGAGAAGAAAGUAUAAACAAAAACAUAUACAGUUCAAGAAAAUGUCUGCAAAACGGGUCUUCGACAAGUUCGACAAGAACAAAGACGGUAAACUCUCGUUAGAGGAGUUUCGUGAAGCGGCUCUUGCUUUCUCUCCCAAAUUAUCUCAGGAGGACAUCGUAAAGUUAUUCAACGAGAUCGACGCGGAUGGUAACGGCGAGCUAAACGCCGACGAGUUUACUUCUUGCAUCGAGAAGAUGUUGAAGGAAGUGUUUGAUCUUUGUGAUGUCGACGGUGAUGGGAAGAUACCGGUCAGUGAUUCCUAUGUGACCAUGACUAGCAUCGGAAAGACAUGCACCGAGGAGAGUUGUGCCGAAAAGGUUAAAGCGGUGGAUGCAGAUGGUGAUGGCUAUUUAAACUUUGACGAGUUUAUGGCUUUGGUAAUUGGUGACAUAUGAGAGAGUCAACCUAAAUUGCUUGUUCAGUAAUAAGAGUAUACAUAUGUUCUUUCCGCUAAUUAUAUUAUAUCAUUUACAAAUAACAACAUGCCAAAUGUGUUGGCCGUUGGGUCAUUAGCCAUAUAUACUGGUAUUAUAAAUAUUAAUAAAAUCCUAAAUUAACAGUAA